UCGUGUCUUCACUGGAGACGCCCGGAAGACACUAGAACCUAUUUUAUGAGGAGGAAAGUGUAGAAGGGAGAUAGACGAGGAGGGUGUGACGUGACGAGCAGAGAUGGAAGCGAUCGCUGUGAAAAGUUUAAUGCCAGGAGCUCACAAGCUCGCUGGAAUCAGGUGCUGUUCUUCACAGCAGCAGCACCUGCCUCAGAGCAGAUUGAUUUGCCAGAGUCCGGGAGCGAUGUCGUUGAAUUCAAGCAACAGGUUGUGCAUGGAUCGACGAAGUCGGGUGAGGAGCAAAGCCACGGAGUCCACAUCCGAGGUGCCAACCAGCGAGAGGUCAGAGGAGACGAAGGAACUCGUGGCGGAGUCGCUGAAGAAAGUUGCCGAGGCGGAGAUCCAGCAAACAAAGGAGUACCUGGAGAACGUUGCCGAUAAUGGUACUGCUGAUCCAGCCACUCUGCCUCGGGAAGAAGUUCUGGAAACGAAGCAAGGUGAUCCGGCUGUCGUCGAGCGAGAACCACAACCGGAGUUUGAACCACAGAAAGUUUCAAAGUCGCGAGGUGGCAACAUCAAGUGCGAUCCUCUCAACGUUGUUCUUUUCCAGGGAUUUAAUUGGGAGUCAUGGAGGAACCCUUGCUGGUAUGAUGUGCUCAUGAACACUGCAGAGGACUUGGCACAAGCUGGAGUCACGGACAUUUGGCUGCCUCCAGCAACCCAUUCUGUGGCACCACAAGGUUACAUGCCUGGAAGGCUCUACGACCUGAAUGCGUCAAAGUACGGGAACGAAGAGAAACUAAAGCAAGUCAUCGACAAGUUCCACUCUCAUGGCAUCAGAUGCAUUGCAGACAUUGUGAUCAACCAUAGGUGCGGGGACUCUCAAGACCAGCGGGGGGUGUGGUGCAUUUUCGAGGGUGGAACUCCGGACGAGCGUCUCGACUGGGGACCCUGGGCCAUCACAAAGGACGACUAUGCAUACAGCGACGGCUCUGGGGCUCCAGACACGGGUGAAGACUUUGGUGCCGCUCCAGACAUCGACCACACCAAUCCCAGAGUCCAGGACGACCUCGCAGGCUGGAUGAAGUGGAUGAAGGAAACGAUUGGCUUCGAUGGUUGGCGGUUUGAUUUCUCCAAAGGCUACGCCGGAAGUUACGCAGGUCUCUACAUCGAGAGAACCACACCGGAGUUCUCGGUUGGGGAACUCUGGACGAACCUCAACUAUGGUCCGGAUGGUAGCGUCGAGUAUAACCAGGACAGUCACAGGCAGGAGGUAGUCGAUUGGAUCAAUGCCACCGGUAAUCGCUCCACAGCUUUCGACUUCACGACCAAAGGAAUCCUCCAGGAGGCCGUCAAGAACCAGUUUUGGAGGCUGAGAGAUCCCAACAACAAGCCGGCUGGAGUGAUCGGCUACUGGCCCCAGAAAGCGGUGACGUUCAUCGACAACCACGACACCGGAUCCACGCAGAAGCACUGGCCGUUCCCAGCGGACAAAGUUAUGCUUGGAUAUGUCUACAUUCUCACGCAUCCCGGCAUUCCAUGCAUCUUCUAUGAUCACUACUACGAAUGGGGGCUCAAGGACGAGAUAAAAGCUCUUCUCGAGGUCCGGAAGCGCAACAACGUAGUGGCUAAUUCCAGCGUCAGCAUCAUCGCGGCUGAGGAGGACGUCUACGUGGCGUCCGUGGCGGACGGCAAGCUGGUGGUGAAGAUGGGGCCCAGGUUUGACAUUGGUGACAUGGCACCCAGCUCGGACGAGUUCGCCAUCGCGGCUCUUGGCAACGAGUACUGCGUGUGGGAGCGAAAGAAUUAGGUGGCGGUACACGUGGUGGUAGUUGAGUCGUCCACGUUCACGCCAAGCUUGUGUGUCCAGUCACGGGAGAGACAAAAGUGGGUCAAUCGAAGCCGUCCCUUUCGGGGUAAUUGUGACCGUCCAAUUGGAAUCUCAAGUGAGGCCGUCGGAUGCCGGUGGUGCCGACGGCCCCGAUCGCCCCA